AUGUAUCGUGAAGCGUCUAUUAUGCGUACAUUAGAUCAUCCAAAUCUUGUGAAACUCUAUGAUCUUAUCGAUGAAAAUAAUGAAAUUUAUCUAGUUAUGGAGUUAGCUGAAGGUGGAGAAUUAUUCGAUAGAAUAAUAAAACGUGGAAAAUUUUAUGAACGUGAUGCAGCGGUUAUAAUUUCACAAAUAUUAUCCGGUAUACAAUAUAUGCAUACAAUUGGUUAUGUACAUAGAGAUAUAAAACCGGAAAAUAUACUUUUUGAAAAACUAACAGAUAAUUCAAAAUUGUUAAUUACAGAUUUUGGUUUAUCUAGAGAAAUUCAGCCAAAAAUGAUGACAAAUUGUGGUACAGUAGAUUAUUCAGCACCAGAAUUACUUAAAAGUAAACUAACUAAAUCUGGUUAUGGUCCUGAAGUGGAUAAUUGGAGUAUUGGUGUUGUCUCCUAUAUAUUACUAUGUGGUUAUCCACCAUUCUAUUCAGUGAAUCAAGAUGACAAUGAAACUAAGCAACAAAUUAUGUCAGGAAAUUAUCAUUUUCACCAUCCACAUUGGGAUCAUAUAUCGAAAUCAGCUAAAAACUUUAUUGCCUCUUUAUUAAAAGUUGAUCCAGAAGAAAGAGCUACAUUGGAACAAUCUUUAGAUCACCCAUGGAUACGCUUAGAAACAAGUCCUACAUUGGAUAUUUAUCCUAUGAUAGAGUCGAAUAUACGCGAUACAUUGGCUCGUCAACGUUGGCGGUGUUUAGGCUUAGCAGCGAAUGCAGUAAAUUUAUUCACAAUGGCAAGUCAAUCAAUGGUUCAAAGAUGUCUUUCUGUUACAGAUAUCUCUAAUACUGCAGAACAGCAUUAG